UUGUCAUCGGCGCGAAAUACCAAAAAGUUUAAGCCAAAAGCCGAAUAAAGGAGGUGGAAUUUGAGUCACAAUUUGAGUAUUAUACAUAUAUGAGAACAUGUAUAAUACUGUUUGUAGUGUGUGUAGUUUAUCGUGGUUGUAAUGCAGCGGAGAAAAGCGUCAGUGAAUGUGGAAGUGAAGCAGGUGAUUGGGGCUCUGUGCAGACUGUUAACGGCCACCGGCCUGGACGCUGUCCCCACUCCUGAGACCUUCAGACGGGCAAAAUUCGGUGGUGGACUCGAGGUGGAAGGUCAGUUUUGGCAGCUCCUCACCAACAUCCUUCAGAGAACUGGUGUUGUUUCCUUUGAAGCAGGUGGACAGCCAAGAGGAGACUCAGAGCACAGGAAGGCAGUGGCUGCCGGCCUCAGGCAGACUGGCUGCCAUGCUGACUGGACAUAUGGAAGGCAGACAGGAGAAGAAGAGGAGGGAAAGAGUUUCUCCGGCAGAGAUCUUCUCCUGGCACUAGGCUGGCUGCUCGCUACAGGGACACUAGAGACACUGCUGACACAGCGAGUACAGCAACUCGACAAAGUGCUACUCGCACCUUUACCUGUGAUUUCUCUGGUCUCUAGUGAGCUCCAGUUUGACUCUUCCUCGCUGCGGAGACUUCAGUGGCUCGUCGGCUGUCUGAGACACCAAAGGCGGAUCCUGCUGUCCAUGGUAGAGGAGCGGACUCGGAAACUUCACACUAUUUGUUCUGCCAGCCUCUUGCCCACUGUGUCUUCUUCCUCGAAUCAAAGCUUGACAGCACUAAAAGAGGACUGUGGUCGUAUACAGCAGCUCUGUGACCUUCUAGAGGCAUAUCUGAACUGGAAACAGGUGGAGAAUGUCUUCUGGACCUGGAUGGACAGUGUGAUGGACUGCCAUCAGACACCUUCUUUUGCCAAGGAGUCUCUACACACACCCAGUGUGUGUCAGCACAACAGCCAGAGACUAGAGAAAUGUGAAGACAUGCUAAUGAGACUACCCACGGCACAGACCUGCAGAGUCAGGCUACAGGGUAAGGGUCCAGUCAGAGGCCACAGCUACACAGCAGAGAAGUCCCAAGACAGCGUUGAACCUUCAGACAUACUGCCAGCAUCUCAGGCUGCACAGCUGCUGCUUCAGACCGAGGCUCUACUGCUGGAGAAGAGGGACAGGCUGAGACUGGAAAACCGGCUCAAGCUGCAGGAAGUGAUUGGUGAACUGGAGGGACUGGUGCUGAUCCCACCAUAGACUUUUACUUGAAUGUAUAUGUUUUGUAAUACUAUUGUAUGUUUCUUCUUUAUAUACAGUAUGCCUUUAUCAGCAUGAAUCACAGUUUUGUGCGUGGACAUAUUGUAUAAUGUAUUUGGAGAUAUUUAAGAGAUAGUUUAACACCAUAGGAAAUAUCCCUGUGUGUUCGGUACAGAGCUGUGAGUUUACGUAAAGCUGAUGAACGAUGUAUACAAAAAUAACACCAAAUAUCCUGAAUACAGAUGCUGCCAAAUGCCAAGUCAUCUGUGAAAAUUUUUUAUUAUAGCAUGUACUUAGUUUAUUAAAUCCCACUCAAUAUGAAGGAGGCAGGGUUUGUAACCCACUGCAGCCAGUUAUCAAAGGGGAAUCAGGAUGUUUUUGUUUAUCUUUUGGCAGCUGUCAUGUCAACAAUAUUUAUAUACAGGCAUUAGGGGGAAAUGGAAUGAUGGAAAGAAAAUGUUUUUAUAUUUUAUUUCCUCAUUUGUUAAGUACACAAACAGGAAUGUUGUACAUACACAGAAAAAAAAAACACUUCAAAUUUCGCACAUCUGAAGGAAAAUAUUCACUGCAAUUGUCUCAAAGUAUGUUUGCACAGUGCGUAAAUUAUAUGAAUGUUUCACCCUUGCCAUGUUGGCAAUGAUGAAAAUAUGUUGUGAUACACAGUAUAUUGUUGAAUUAUUGCCCAUCCCUAAUUUCAGGACAUCAGAAUUGGUGACUGGACCCAAAUACAAGUUACAGCCAUUGAAAACAUAUGCAUCUUUAUUCAUCCAUUACAUUGAAAU